AAAGGUACUUACAACUCAAAGUGGAAACAUGAGUGUGUCCUGCAGCCUCCUCACGUGUGCCUUGACCCGCUUCGGAUGAGUCUGGCCCCUCUCUGCUCUGCUGACCCCGCCCUUCCCACCACGCCCGCCCCUCCCCGGGAUGGUUGGUGGUUCAGCCGGCUUUGUUUGCCCGACUUCACCUGCCCUUUGUCCUCAAUGACUCCUUCUUCAGUGCCCCCUCCUCCUCGUUCCCAAGCUAACUUAGAUAUUUUCCUCAGUGGAGAUGAUUUCAUCCAAGACUUAGCCCCAAAGCCACUUUUAGGACAGUAACUUUCUCGCCUUAUAAUAUUUUGGAUCAGAUUCUCUUGUUCAUCUUGCUUUUUAAAUUCUUGUCUCUACCCCCUACCACCGUUUCUUGCCCCUCUUUCUUGCCCUCCCCCUACACAAACACGCCAUGUAACUCUAGUCUCAAAACUUCUUCCUCCAAAGGCAGUCUGAGGGUUGCCCCUGAAGAAGACGGACCUCCUCCACAUGGUGACAUGAGAGUGAGUGUGCAUGUGCUGGUGGUGAUGGUCUGGGCCUCGGAGCCUGAGCCCAGAGCGGAACGGGGGCAGGUUCCCCCGCUCUCACCCUCAGCACCCGCUCUCAGUCCGGCACCAGCUGCCUGGAACCAUGGCUCCUUUGAAAUUUGUUUUGCAGCCUUUCUUUAAGGCGUGUUUUGUACUCUCAUCUUUAAAUUGGGGGUAAACAUAGAAAGAAGUGAGGCAUUGGUUUCACAGGGAACUAUAUGCGAUAUCUUGUAAUAAUAUUUAGUGGAAAAGAAUAUGAAACAAACCUAUGUGUGUAUAUGCGUGACUGGGACUUUGUGCUGCACACCAGAAAUGGACACGUUGUAACUGACUGCACUUCAGUCAAAAAGAGAAGAAGUGGGGUAUAGGGUUAAUUAGAGCAGCUUCUCAAAAGAGCAGAAGAGGUGAAACAGAAACUUAAGUUCUUAUAGGCUGCUAGUUACAAAGAUACCACAAAAGUACUCUUUGCCCUUCUCUUUUUUUGAAGGAAGCCUGUCUGCCUUCCUUCUUUCUGCCUUCUUGCUCUUUUUCACUCUACCUUUGAAAACACUGUUGCUUCUCCCCGUUUUGCUGCAUGUUGCAGUGAUCAGAAAUAGGGUUUCUAUUAACCACGGGGGGUAACUUCCUUCCUCUCCUGUGGCUGUUUUGCCGUGUAAGUCGUCACACUCUUUACUGCUAGACUCCACAGCCUUCCUUCUUCCUUUCCGUAGUCCUGGACUGACCACCUGCCGUCACAUCCCUUGGGAAUUCUGCUCUGAGCGGUGUCUCUGCAGGCAUCUUACUGUGAUUUGCCCUCCUGGCAGCAGAAGCAGCUACUGUUCCUCUGACGAAAUUCCAUUAUCUUUUUCUGCUCUGCGCUCAUUUCUGAGUAGUUAACAGUUUCCAGAAGAUAGAGUAUUCUCUUUACCCUCCAGAGAUUUAAAUAGGCACAUUUUAAAAAUUGCGUCUCCAUGAAGAUUGAAGGAGAAAUGUGGCAUCAGAAGGCUGCAAGGAGCUUCUGGAGAUCGUCUCUGUGUCGCCCUCCUGCACUGGGCUGCUCUCCUGAAGCCGUCGCAGCAGAAGUGUGGAGAAAUGAGGAGACUGUGUAGAGGGGUGGAGAUAGGCUAGUCUGCGCUGCUGUUUCCUGACUGUGAACUCGGGCAAGGAGAGAAGAAUUAAGCUUUCUAGUAUCUAACACAUGGAUUGGCAAUACUUUGUGGGUAUAAUUACAAGUAGACAUACCCAUGCCCACAAAUGUGGACGUGUUUACCGUUUUUGCUGAUACAGGUCAUGCAAGACAAGAUAAUCUGCCUUCCGAAAAGAGUUCAGCCUUCUCAGAACCACUCUUCUGUUUCAAAUGUCUCUCAAGCCGUGGCCAGUACCAUCCCACUGCCUCCACCGAAACCGUCUCCUACUAACCCGGUCACAGUGGAAAUGAAAGGCCUGAAGACAGACCUGGACCUUCAGCAGUACAGCUUCAUCAACCAGAUGUGCUACGAGCGAGCCCUCCACUGGUAUGCCAAGUACUUCCCUUACCUCGUCCUCAUCCACACACUGGUCUUCAUGCUCUGCAGCAACUUUUGGUUCAAAUUCCCUGGCUCCAGCUCCAAAAUCGAGCACUUCAUCUCCAUCCUGGGGAAGUGUUUUGACUCUCCCUGGACCACACGGGCUUUAUCUGAAGUGUCCGGGGAGGACUCCGAAGAAAAGGACAACAGGAAGAACAACGUGAGCAGGUCCAACACCACCCAGUCCGGCCCGGAAGGCAGCCUGGUCACCUCCCAGUCCCUGAAGUCCAUUCCUGAGAAGUUUGUGGUCGACAAGUCCACGGCGGGGGCUCUCGAUAAGAAGGAGGGUGAGCAAGCCAAGGCCUUAUUUGAGAAGGUGAAGAAGUUCAGGCUGCACGUGGAAGAAGGUGACAUACUCUACGCAAUGUAUGUUCGCCAGAUGGUACUUAAGGUUAUAAAAUUCCUAAUCAUCAUUGCAUAUAACAGCGCCCUGGUCUCCAAAGUCCAGUUCACAGUGGACUGUAAUGUUGACAUUCAAGACAUGACCGGAUACAAAAACUUCUCUUGCAACCACACCAUGGCCCACCUGUUCUCAAAGCUCUCCUUCUGCUACCUGUGCUUCGUAAGCAUCUAUGGACUGACGUGCCUGUAUACCUUGUACUGGCUGUUCUACCGUUCCCUGAGGGAGUACUCGUUUGAGUACGUCCGGCAGGAGACUGGAAUCGACGACAUUCCAGAUGUGAAAAAUGACUUUGCUUUUAUGCUUCAUAUGAUAGAUCAGUAUGACCCUCUGUAUUCCAAGAGAUUUGCAGUGUUCCUGUCUGAAGUGAGCGAAAACAAACUGAAGCAGCUGAACUUGAAUAACGAGUGGACUCCUGAUAAACUGAGGCAGAAGCUGCAGACGAACGCCCAUAACCGCCUGGAACUGCCUCUCAUCAUGCUCUCUGGCCUUCCAGACACUGUUUUUGAAAUCACAGAGUUGCAGUCUCUGAAACUUGAAAUCAUUAAGAACGUGAUGAUACCAGCCACCAUUGCUCAGCUCGACAACCUCCAGGAGCUCUCUCUGCACCAGUGCUCGGUCAAGAUCCACAGCGCGGCACUCUCUUUCCUGAAGGAAAACCUCAAGGUCUUGAGCGUCAAGUUUGAUGAUAUGCGGGAGCUGCCCCCCUGGAUGUACGGACUCCGGAAUCUGGAGGAGCUCUACCUGGUUGGCUCGCUAAGUCAUGAUAUUUCCAGAAAUGUUACCCUUGAGUCUCUGCGGGAUCUCAAAAGCCUUAAAAUUCUCUCCAUCAAAAGCAACGUUUCCAAAAUCCCGCAGGCAGUGGUGGAUGUUUCCAGCCAUCUCCAGAAGAUGUGCAUUCACAACGACGGCACCAAGCUGGUGAUGCUCAACAAUCUGAAGAAGAUGACCAACCUGACCGAGCUGGAGCUGGUCCACUGCGACCUGGAGCGCAUUCCUCACGCCGUGUUCAGCCUGCUCAGCCUCCAGGAGUUGGACCUCAAGGAAAAUAAUCUGAAAUCUAUAGAAGAGAUCGUUAGCUUCCAGCACUUGCGAAAGCUGACCGUGCUCAAGCUGUGGCACAACAGCAUCGCCUACAUCCCAGAGCACAUAAAGAAGCUCACCAGCCUGGAGCGCCUGUCCUUCAGCCACAACAAGAUAGAGGUGCUGCCUUCCCACCUCUUCCUGUGCAACAAAAUCCGAUACCUGGACUUGUCCUACAACGACAUUCGAUUUAUCCCACCUGAAAUCGGAGUUCUGCAAAGUUUACAGUAUUUCUCCAUCACUUGUAACAAAGUGGAGAGCCUGCCAGAUGAACUCUACUUCUGUAAGAAACUGAAAACUCUGAAGAUUGGGAAAAACAGCCUAUCAGUACUUUCCCCGAAAAUUGGAAAUUUACAAUUUCUUUCCUACUUAGAUGUUAAAGGCAAUCACUUUGAAAUCCUCCCUCCCGAACUGGGUGACUGCCGGGCUCUGAAGCGAGCUGGCUUAGUUGUAGAAGAUGCUCUGUUUGAAACCCUGCCUUCUGAUGUCCGCGAGCAGAUGAAAACGGAGUAACUUAUUUUUGUUUAAAGUUGGGCUGAAACACGCUUCUACCAAAUACAGUGUAAAUAAUUAGGUAAUCUUAAUGCCUUUCCUACUUUUUUUCUUUUUCACACAAAACAAAAUGUGCACAAAGAAUGAGUAAGGAGUAUGUAUUUUUUAAUAAAAAUUUAAUUGUAUUUUUUCAAAAUUAAUAUUUUAAAGUUUUAUUUGUCCUGGAACCUAAUGUAUCUAUUAUUGUUUUCUACUGACAAAAACAUGGUUCCAUCUGUUUUUUGUUUUGUUUUGUUUUGUUUUUGUUUGGUUUGUUUUGGGGGUUUUUUUCGUUGUUUUUUUUCCCCCCAGUUCAUUCUUGUGAAAGGGAGGGAAUUUUAGUUGCAUGCUUUCUGGUGUUUCUUAAAUAGAUGAAGAUAUUUUGCCAAGGUCGUAUUUAGCUUGUUUACAUCUCUACAAGGUCCUUAUUGUUGGUUUUCAUUGUAUGUGAACCAAGGAAUCUGUGCUAGUUAUUUUAAUACCAGCUGCCUUCUCCAUCAGCCAAGUCCUUCAUGCUACAGAAAACUCUUCUCUGGAGUGUAAAUUCACGUAAGUGCAUUGCCAUAGACGCUUCACAUUUUCUCCUUGCCUCCAACAGAACCCUAAGUUAUAUUCUUUCAUAAACCUAACAGGCAAGAAUUUUUGUGAGUAAAGACAAUAAUCUUCCAAGGUCAAAUGCUUGAAUUGGUCAUUUAUAAUUUAAAUGAUUUAAUUUUUACCAACAUUUUUAAAAUAUCAUUUAAAAAUGAAAUACAGAGAUUCCUCCCCUUUAAUACCAACAUUGCUAUGCAGUACUGGUGAGCAACCUUAGAGAAGCUAGAUUUAUUUUAAUUAAAAUAGGUAAUUAAAUUUAAAAAUCAUAGAAUUAGAAGCCUGGUUUUUUUUAGUAAUUUAAUCAUCUUUGAUAUCUUGAUAUGUGAAUACAUCUGAUGGAAAAAAAAAAUGCACUACUGAAGCACUCUGUUACAGAGUUGAUGCACUCCAGCCAGGCUGACCGACCCUCUGGGCAGUGCAGCUGUGGGGAGCUGUUCAAAUUCUGCCUGUUACAUGAAACGAUCCAUGUAUGUGUAUGUAUGUUAACCAGUCUCCCUCAAGCCUGCCCUUCCUGCAAAUGCUAGUGUUGCAGGCACAGAAACUGCUCUCUUUGGCAUCAAAUAAGCAUAUCUCAUCUGAAAUGAUUUUGUUACUCUUUUUUCCAAGUGUGAAUAACUUGCUAAGCAGAUAUCACUUAGAAAUAGUCUUUGCCUGGUGUCAGCAGAGCUUUCAUUUAUCUUUGGACUUAAAAAUCCAACAUAGUAUGGGUUUGGGGCAAAAUUUUUCACUGACUGCUAAACAGUAUAGAAUGGGAACAUGAAAACACUAUUUGUGCUCUCAGCCUGGGACAGGUCCCACCUAAAUGGGAACUUUGUUUCAUUCUCCAGCUUUGCACUGAGUGUUUCUGAAACCCUGGUCUGAGCUAAGGGACUUCUGCGACUUAGUGAAAGGCAGUAGGAAGAUGGUUUGGGGUUUAAAAAUGCUGCUUCUAAAAUUUACUCCUUGACCCUGGUGACUUUGCUUAAUGCUACUUUGAGUCAUUCACGGAACACAGCUAUGGGAACUACUCAGCAGAUACAGGUACCUCAGCUGUGUUUUAAAUAUUAUGAUACAUCAUGGAGUAAAGGAUUAGGGGAAGAGAUGCUUUUCGUUUAUUUAAUAAUUGAAUCAUGUAGACCAAGGUGCUUUGCUGUUUCUGCUCUGUGUUCAAGUGUUAGAAUGGUGAUUUUAUAAAGCUGGUUUCUUUCCACCUGGAAUUGAAACAAUAUGUUUAGAAUAGUGACAUGGUUAUAUUUCUUGUAGGAUAAAAUAUUCAAUUCUAGAAUGUUGUUAGGAUCCUGAUUAUAAACAAUGUGUUGUACUUAGAACCUGUUUUAAGCAAACAAAAUACCCUACAAGAUUGUGCGUGGCUGGGCACGACAAGGCUGCAUACCCCCCUGUUCAAAGGUGAACUUUGAUAACUACUGGUGAAACACUGGGUGCACUGUUUUUCUGGUGAAAAUUUAUAGUUAUUUUCUAUAUCACCCUUUAAAGGGGAUCUAUUCAGGUUAAAAAUCAUAUUUAUGCUGAAGUCUCUAUCUGGUAUUAACUCAUAAUCUCACAUGGGUUCCUAACUGAAGUAAAUCGCUAAUAAUUAGUCUUUGUGACAGUUUGCUCGAAAUGCCAAAAGAAUUUGAUUUGCUUUCUUAAUGAUUUCACAGGCUCUAACCUAAGUUCUAAAUAACAUCCAGUCAAUCAGUAUAAGUUCUAUGACUUUAGUUUUAACUAGGAAAAAAAAAUGCAUAGAUGUUUCUAUUAGAUUUUAUAAAAAUUCAAAGUGCUCAAACUUCAUCUUGAGUCUAAAUUUUCUGACUCUGGCCCUUUUUAAUAUUGUCUAUUUUUGUUCACAUUCUUAAGUAAAAAGCAUUUAAUUACUAUUUAGCCUUUAAAUGGGAAACUCAGGUAAAUGAACUGCUGACUUUUCUAAAGUCCUUCAGUGAAUCAACUCAGUGUUCAAAGGGGUAUUUACCUAAUCCCUUUCGUAUUUUACAAGUGCUCUUGCUAAAAAGGAACAACUAGCUCUAUUUCUCCAGCUUCUGCAGACUUCAUGAGAAGCUGCUCGUGUGCAUAUAAAGGCAUCCAUCAUAUGCACCGUUAAACCCUGUGGCUACUGGACACCGACACCCAGGAUGAGUGUGCUUUUGGGUCAGUGUUAAUGGUUAAGUGUAGAACAGACAACUGUUUGGUGAUGAUCUGGCUGAAAUAGAGUGUCUACAUAUAUCCCAGUGGAACUCGCCCGAGAAGAGCACGCCUCAGGAAGCCAGCUAUGGGGUGGCUUUUCAUUUUGUUUUGUUCUUGACACGGCACUUUUAAUGUGAGAGUUCUUGGUGCAGUAAACCCUGACCCUUGCACUGGUAAAGUCCCUGGUUGCUCCCCGCCUUUCCCCUGCCCUCGGUGCCCCAGGCGCUGCUGCGAUGAGUUCUGAUGGUUCACGUGGCUUCCUGGGCAGCAGGCGCUGCUCCUCCAGGAAGACUCGGGCACGAAGCUUGCUGCGAGGGUUUUGCUCAUUUAGAGAUGCCUCCUUAUCUGCCUCUCUGGCCGUCUUUGUAGAGAGGGGUCUAAGCAACCUGGAGUCUCCCUUUGGUUACUCGGGAUGAGGAAAGUCCAUGUUUCUGCCAUGUGCUAUCUCAUGAUUUCUGGUAUUAAGAAAAAGAAGAAAAAAUCUUUGUAUCUCUAGUCACCACUUCCCCCAGGAGGAGCUUUGCUGUCGUUUAUGUUCCUAAUUCUAAGAAGAGUCCAUUUUCUAAGUAGUUUAUUUUACUCUCUAAUUUCAUACCAAAUACCUGAUCAGUAGUGAUGAUGUAUUUAAACAGCGAACAGUCAUGAUCCAUCUUUAUGAAAACUGUCAGCAGUACUUAGUAGUGAAUAGAUAAGAUAAAUUUCAAAACAAUUUCUAUUUGCGAUUAGAGACUAAAUUAAGAUUCAGUUUACAUUCUCCUUUAAAUCCGGAAUGUGGUGAUGCUGUUCAAGCAGUCCUCAUUUUGGGGAGGGUCUCAAUAACUCAGGGUUUUAGUGAGGGGAAUGCCUCAGGGUCUGUGAGUUUGUCUCAUCUUUUCUUGUCUAUUGAGACACAUUGCAAGAAAACUUGGGCAGUCUUGACCAGACCAGUCAUGGCUUUUCAGACUUAGGGCUCAGUGACAUGCUUCUAAUACGGUUUCAUGCCAGCCUUCCAAACUCGGUAUCCACUCUGACUCCAUCUUCCCAGAGCCUUUCACUGAUAAAGGUAACAUCCUUCAGUUCAUUUUGGGGAGAGGGAAGAGGGUCUCCUCCUGCCCCAAGGAAUUUUUUUCUAAUCAAAAGAUCUUAAAAGGGGGAAUAUAACUUUAAACAACUUAAUUUCUCAGCCAUGUUAAAUACCAGUUCCUGUGCAUGAUUUUGACUGUGGUAUAAAUUUGCUCUCUGCUGAAUGCCGUUCCCUCUCCCACCUGACUGAUGAGUAUCUUUACUGGGUUGACCCUCAAUGCCUUAUGUGCUCACUUGGUUUUCCUUUUGCUGCUGUUUUCUCCACUGUAUGUAUUCAGAUUGUGUCAAAUGCGGGCAGAACCUCUACAGCCGUCAAGAAAAUGCUUGAAAGUUUGAUAUGUCAUAGUGUAAAUUUAUGAUUGGUGUCUUAAUGUUAUUUGGCUAAGUAGCCCAUAGGAACAGAAAAUAGCCUAAAUAAAGUCGUUUUUGUAAUUUAAGGUU